AUGGUACCGCAGCUGAUCCGUUCUCAACAGGCUCGGGUGCAUUCACUUACAGCGGAGGCAUCCGAGACAGUAGACAUGACACUGAUGGCUUUCGAGGUCACAGCACAUAUUCAAGGUAUUUUAGUCUUCUUAUUGGUGGAUAUUGGGUCCACUACCUCCAUCAUAUCAUGCGCAGCAGUCAAGCGACUAGCGUUGGGUACAACUCCUACGAAGGGAGUGAGAAUUCUUACCGCCACAGGAACUUUUUCUGACGUUACCAGGAUUUGCAAGGGUUGCUCGAUAGAUUUAGGAAGUAGGGCGGUACUAGUCGAUCUGAUUGUUGCCCCCCUGUAUCAUUACGACGUUAUCCUCGGUAUGGACUGGCUCGCUGAGAUGAGGGCAGAGAUAGAUUAUGAGGCUAGGGUGGUGAUAGCCCAUGGACCUGAGGGCACGGCUUUUACUUUCCUUGUUCAGGUCAGUCACCCUUCCCGUUUGAGUUGUUACGCUUCUCUAUUGGCGAGUACUGAUAGUCCGAUACUUAGGAACAUGCCUGUAGUUCAAGAUUUUGAGGAUGUGUUCAGAAACAUACUUGGGUUGCCUCCUCAGCGCGAGAACGAUUUUACUAUCGAUUUAGUGCCUGGUGCAACACCCAUUUCGCUGCCGACGUAUCGCAUGCCUCCAUGUUGA